CUCUGCUUCCCUGCCCCGUUUCUCAACACCCACUCUGUAAAUUUAGCGAACACUGCAGCAAGAAGUGUGUCUGUGUGUGUCACGAUCAAGAGGAAGGAGCAAGCAGGGAUUAAGAUUAAUUAAAACCUCUCGUCCGGCUGGUGACAGAAAUGGCAGCCAUUCGGAAGAAGCUGGUGAUUGUUGGAGACGGAGCUUGUGGGAAAACAUGUCUUCUCAUUGUUUUCAGUAAAGAUCAGUUUCCCGAAGUCUAUGUCCCUACUGUGUUCGAGAACUACAUCGCUGACAUCGAGGUUGACGGAAAACAGGUGGAGUUGGCAUUGUGGGAUACCGCAGGCCAGGAAGACUACGACAGGUUGAGGCCUCUCUCUUACCCCGAUACAGAUGUCAUCCUGAUGUGCUUCUCCAUUGACAGCCCAGACAGUUUAGAAAAUAUCCCUGAGAAGUGGACGCCUGAGGUGAAGCACUUCUGUCCCAAUGUUCCCAUCAUCCUGGUGGGGAACAAGAAGGACCUGAGGAACGAUGAGCAUACACGGAGAGAGCUAGCCAAGAUGAAGCAGGAGCCAGUGAAGACAGAAGAAGGCAGAGACAUGGCUGGUAGGAUCAGCGCUUUUGGCUACUUGGAGUGUUCUGCCAAGACGAAGGAUGGUGUGCGGGAGGUGUUUGAGAUGGCUACAAGAGCAGCACUGCAGGUCCGCAAGCGCAAGAAGAGAAGUGGCUGCACGGUGCUGUGAGCAGUCCAGAUGCCAUCAAAUCAGCUGACCAAUUGGAGAAAAAUAACACAUGAAAAAGGACUGACCUAUUACCAAAUGGAUCUUUGUACUGUAUCUCACAUUUCAUGACAAAGACAGGCAGAUGAAUUGAACAUAAACAAACCUAAUACAGGAAAUGAACUAUAUUACAUCUGUGGCUAGAAAUUGAUGUUUCCGUAUUGAUUUGCUUUUGUCCCUCUCAAACUCUGUCUUAACACUUUACACUUUUUUUUUAAACUUGGCUUUGGUAGGUGCACAUUUGUAUGCAAUAUUGUUCUUCACAAGCUUCUCGGGCAAGUGGCAUCAUUCUUAGCUUGUAUAAAUCUUUAUGAGUAGUUCCCAGUCUCGUCAAGCAGGCAGUUCUGUUUCACUGUAGCAGUAGCGAUAGAGAAUUAAAGAUGAUAUCUUUUGACCAUAAGAGCUAGUGCCUUUUUUUUAAGUUUAUACACCACCGUCUGUUUGUCGGCGAGCUUGCAUUUCGGCUGAGGACCCCUUCAUUGUACUGUAGCUCAUUUUACAGUGUUGUCAUUGUGAAACCUGAGCAAAGCCGUAAGUAAAGGCUUUCAGUGCUCGUCAAGUCAAGCACAAUAAAUGGUUGCUUGUGUCGUUUUUUUGUUGGUAUGAAACAUCAGUUUCCCCUUCUCCAUUAUGAGCCCACUCACAUCGAGGAUAAAGAAAGGCAUCUGCUUCUGUAAUUUAAUGUGUCAACAAAGGAGUGUGCUUCCCAUUCUGCAUAAAAUUAUUCACAUUCGCCCCUCGUAAUUGUUGCUAGAAGCUAGAUGGGAGGGGAGGGAGAGGUGGCCAACUGAGAUGCAAGCCAAUAUGACUCAACUAUGCACAAUAGCUGUUAGGACCAACAGGGAGAUGACACAAGUGGAAUCACAUGUAGGCCACGGCCUGGUGAACCCUCCCUUGUUUGUUUAUUAUGAGUGACUGAGUUCAGCUCUUUUUGCUAAGUUAACUGGUUACACCCGUUAUUGGAAUCUUGUUUGUGAUACUGGUUAGCCCAGUCAUGGAAAUCGCAUCCUGUUAGGCUGGAUGUUUCCAGUUGGACGACAUUCUUUACAUGUCUGAGAAGAGCCACAGUGUGUGUGAGUGAGUUUUUUGUUUUUUUUCCUGGUGCCUUCUCUGUUCUGGUGUGCCUUUUUCGGUUGUUCUCUCCCAGACCAGAUGGACUAGCUGCUGAAUGUCAAGCUGAUACUCACUGACAAGGUCAAGAGUGACCGUUCUGACAUGUUUUUUCCAAGGCUUGGUUCUUUAAAUAGAUUGAUGCAUGGUAAAAUGUGUUAUUUGAUGUAUGCCAUCUUUUUCUUUUUUUUAAUUUUGUCUAUGACACAUCUUUAUCUUGUCAGAUGAGCAAAAGAAGUUUGAUUUAAGUUCUUGCAUCAUGUGAAAAUUACAAUGUGGUUGAUUGAGAAAAUAUCUGUAUGCAACCAUUUCCUUUGAUGUUUUACUGAAAAUAGGAUCGAAUUUAAGUUCACUCUUUGGAAAUAUACUCGGCAUUUAAGGAUGUAAUUAAAUUUCAGUUCACUAGGACAUGUCAGAUCGUCCUCUAGUAUCUGUAUUUGCUCAUAUCCUCGCAGAAUACUCUAGUGAACUUCCCCUGAUGAUAAUAGCUUGAUAUUCCUGAAAGGCCCCCACCGACUGUCCUGAGGCACACUCUUUCACACCACUGUUGCUCAGUCAUCUACUUUACAUGUCCACUGGUUGCAUGAAGGGUGGAUUUCUUAAUAUACGUGGCAAAAACAAUAUCAUCUGUGUUGCAUGCAACCUUCUUACAAUUCCAUUAAAAGCGCCAAACCUACCAGUUGGCAAGGUCUAUAUCUAUUAUUGUAAAACUGUGUAAUGCAAAUUUAAACCCUCUGCUGGUGAAGCACAAAAAUGAUGCUUUAAAUGGGCGGGCCAGCAAAGAGGCUACAGCUCAGACGAGGUGUUGUGAUUGUUUUAGCCGACAAACGCACACAAGCAACGUACUAAUGUUCUAUCCACCCUCCAAUCUUUAGAGGGCGGAUGCUACUUUUAACUCGGGACUCUGUGCACUAAUAUGGACAACAAGCACACCAUUUGGGCAAGGGUAAACAUUCAUAUCUCUACAACUUCUUAUCGAUGAAAACAUUUCAUAGUGGUGGCAUGGUGUUGACGUGUCUUAACAAGCUCUCGCAAGGAAUACUUGGGAAUUAGAGAUCGGCAGAGAGUUAAAUAACUUAAAGCUGGGAGUAGAAUCAUAACGAUUGAAAACAUUCCCAUAGAGCAGCGGAGGAGCUAGUGUUGAACAUAUCACUAAGAGCAUGUACUAUACUGCUGUCCAUGUGUAUGCCGAUAAUGUCCCGCUAAAAAUGUCCUUCCUAUAUUGAUGCAUGCAUGAGAAAUCCAUGGGUCUUUACAGUGCGCGCACAUACAGAAGCACUAACAUCGCACACCUCUUUGGGAACAGCUUCAGCUCAGUGUUGUGCAACUUUUGUUUCUCUCUCUGGAAGUAUUUGAAAUGAAUUAAAAGGAUCCAGAUUUCUAUAAAAGCUCAUUGUAAUAAUGCUUUGUAAACAGAAAGUGUUGUAGUGAACAUUCGAGCUGAAGUGAACAUGAACAUUGUUAAUAAACUAUUUUUGCGAAUAGACA